CAUACGUCACAUCCGGCACGGCGACGGCGGCUGCGUCUCUGCGCUGUGGGCCGGGCAGUAGUUAGUCUUGUGGGCGGUGGAAGUGGUCUAGCCCGGAGCAGUGAAGCCGGUGUGAGCCGGGAGGACCGGCAGGGUGAGAUUAUGGACGGUUCCUUCGUACAGCACAGCGUGAGGGUUCUGCAGGAACUCAACAAGCAGCGCGAGAAGGGCCAGUACUGCGACGCCACGCUGGACGUGGGGGGCCUGGUGUUCAAGGCGCACUGGAGCGUCCUGGCAUGUUGCAGCCAUUUCUUCCAGAGAAUCUACGGGGAUGGCUCAGGGGGCAGCGUCGUCCUCCCUGCGGGUUUUGCUGAGAUCUUCGGCCUCCUGCUGGACUUUUUCUACACUGGCCACCUCGCCCUCACCUCGGGGAACAGGGAUCAGGUGCUCUUAGCAGCCAAAGAGUUGCGGGUGCCCGAGGCUGUGGAACUCUGUCAGAGCUUCCAGCCCCAAACGUCAGUGGGUCAGGCACAGAGUGGACUGGGCCAGCCUGCCUCCCAGGACGUGAAGGGCCACCUCAAGGAGCCGACAGACUUGGUUGAGGAGGAAGUUUUCAGGACUCUGAGCUUGGCCUCUGUGGAUCAGGAGCCCAGAGAUAAUGAGCAGGCCCAGCUCGAGACGACGCCUGCUCAGAGCACCGGGGCCUUUCUCUGUGGGAAACUCAAGCAGGCUUUGAAGCCUCCUCCUUCAGAGGACAAAGAGUCCGAGGACUGCAAAGAGCCCGCGAGGCCCUUCGAGGCUGGAGGUGCCCCGCUGCAGGGCAACAGCCAUGAGUGGGAAGUGGUGGUUCAAGUUGAGGACGACAGGGAUGGUGAUUACGGCUCUGAGCCUGAGACUAUGCUGACCAGAAGGAAGUCAAAAGUGACCCGAAAGCCCUGUGCGGCCGAUCCAGCCCUGGGGGCGGGCUCCCUCCAGGCCGAGCCCUCCGAGCCCACUGAGGGCAGAAAAGGUGCAUCUGUGCCUGUCGAAUGUCCCACAUGUCAUAAAAAGUUCCUCAGCAAAUAUUACCUAAAAGUCCACAACAGGAAGCACACUGGGGAAAAACCCUUCGAGUGUCCCAAAUGUGGCAAGUGUUAUUUUCGCAAGGAGAAUCUCUUGGAACAUGAAGCCAGGAAUUGCAUGAACCGCUCAGAGCAGGUCUUCACAUGCUCCGUAUGCCAGGAGACCUUCCGCCGGAGGAUGGAGCUGCGGGUGCACAUGGUGUCUCACACAGGGGAGAUGCCCUACAAGUGUUCCUCCUGUGCCCAGCAGUUCAUGCAGAAGAAGGACUUGCAGAGCCACAUGAUCAAGCUGCACGGGGCCCCUAAACCCCAUGCGUGUCCCACUUGUGCCAAGUGCUUCCUGUCGAGAACGGAGCUGCAGCUGCAUGAGGCUUUUAAGCACCGUGGAGAGAAGCUCUUUGUGUGUGAGGAGUGUGGGCACCGGGCCUCGAGUCGCAACGGGCUACAGAUGCACAUCAAGGCUAAGCAUAGGAAUGAAAGGCCGUAUGUCUGUGAAUUCUGCAGCCAUGCAUUCACCCAGAAGGCCAAUCUCAAUAUGCAUCUGCGCACACACACAGGCGAGAAGCCUUUCCAGUGCCACCUCUGUGGGAAGACCUUCCGCACUCAAGCCAGUCUGGACAAGCACAACCGCACCCACACGGGUGAGAGGCCUUUCAGUUGUGAGUUCUGUGAGCAGCGCUUCACGGAGAAGGGCCCCCUCCUGAGGCACGUGGCCAGCCGCCACCAAGAGGGCAGACCCCACUUCUGCCAGAUCUGUGGCAAGACCUUCAAAGCUGUGGAACAGUUACGAGUGCACGUUAGACGACACAAAGGCGUGAGAAAGUUCGAGUGCACUGAGUGUGGCUACAAGUUCACUCGGCAGGCUCACCUGCGGAGGCACAUGGAGAUCCACGAUAGAGUGGAUAACUACAACCCGCGGCAGCGCAAGCUCCGGAACCUCGUCAUCGAGGACGAGAAGAUGGUGGUUGUGGCUCUCCAGCCGCCUGCAGACCUGGAGGUGGGCUCUGCAGAGGUCAUCGUGGAGUCGCUGACCCAGGGUGGCCUUGCCUCCCAGCUCCCUAGCCAGAGACUGUGCUCAGAGGAGAGCUUUGCUAGCCCCGGGGUCCUGGAGCCCUCUCUCAUCAUCACGGCUGCUGUCCCCGAGGAGGACUGUGACACCUAGACCCCUGCCCAGAUGGCCCCACUGACCAGUAAACACGUGACUUAGGA